AUGAACACCAGAGAUCGCUGCAGAGUGUAUAAGCGGGUGAUUGUCAUGUUCUUCCUGGCUGUGGUAGCGCUGACUAUUUUCCAGAAGGGGAGCGUCAGUACGGGGCUCCCCUUCGAACUUGAGAGGCUGACUCGCAUGGACCCUUCUCAAGGAGUUGAGCCCAGAGCCAUCCAGGGGGAGAAACUCUACUCAUACCUGGGGAUGAAAAGCUUCUGGAAGUUUGGCAGCCAGAAACAGCAGCCUAAAGCUCAGACCACCACACAGGAGCCCAACGUCACAAAGGAAAACAGUCCCCGUAACUGGGAUGUGACCAGCUCCAACUGUAGCGCCAACCUCAACCUCUCGAGCCAGGCGUGGUUCAGCGGCCUGGAGGGAAACUUCAAACAGUUUAUGCUUUAUCGACACUGUCGUCUUUUCCCCAUGCUUCUCAAUCACCCAGAGAAGUGCUCGGGGGAGAUCAAUCUGCUCAUGGUGAUUAAAUCAGUGGCCACCCAGCACGACCGUAGAGAGGUUAUUCGCAAAACAUGGGGCAAAGAGCGGGUGGUGAAUGGCAAAAGAAUCAAGACUCUCUUCCUGCUUGGCAAGCCCGCUAAUGACGCAGAAAGAGCAAACCACCAGAAGCUUGUGGAGUAUGAAGACCAUAUAUACGGGGAUAUUCUUCAGUGGGACUUCUUAGACAGUUUCUUCAAUCUGACUCUCAAGGAGACUCAUUUUCUCAAGUGGUUCCACACUUACUGCUCCAGAGUCCACUACGUCUUCAAGGGGGAUGACGACGUCUUUGUCGGUGUGAAGAACAUCUUUGAGUUUUUGGAAAGCAGCAGCCACGAUAAGAACUUGUUUGUGGGGGAUGUGAUUUUCAAGGCUAAGCCCAUUCGUAACAAGGACAACAAAUAUUACAUCCCUCACGCUUUGUAUAAUCAAACAUACUACCCUCCAUAUGCUGGGGGAGGGGGGUUUCUGAUGGACGGGACGCUGGUCAGGAGGCUCCACUAUGCUUCAGAAACUCUUGAGCUUUACCCCAUUGAUGAUGUCUUCCUGGGCAUGUGUCUUGAGGUGCUGCAGGUCGUGCCUAUAAAACACUACGCCUUUAAAACGUUUGGCUUGGUGAAAAACAAGAACAGCAAACUGAAUCGAGAACCUUGUUUCUUUAAAAGCAUGAUAGUAGUGCACAAACUGCUCCCAUCGGACCUCUUGCACAUGUGGAAUCUGGCCAACAGUGACCUGGCCUGCUCACAGAAAGUGGAUCUUCUAUAGCUUUAGGACAAAACUCACAAGCUGAGAUUUAUAGGAGUGGGUGCCAACAGGAAGUGCAGUACGAUGCAGGAGAGCCAAAUGCUAACGUCCAAGUCAACUCUCCUUUAUGUGGAGAGAGACAGUAACCCACUUUUAAUUGCUGAUUCUGAGAAGCAAUGUGAGUUUCAGGGGGCUUUCCUCAAAAGUAAACUAUGAACAUCUUUCUUUAUUUGGAGUCGUGUAUUUAUGUAAAGUUUGAAAAACUUUCAGUGUCAGCACUCAGAUUCAGAGAAAGCAGCCAAGUGGAGCUGCUAUCAAUGAGCACACCAAAAAAAAAAAAACAACUAUUUAUCCACUUUUCCCCUUUACUGGGAUCAGAGCAGUAAUUUUACCUUCUUCCAAGUUGGAACUUGGAUCUGGGAACAUCCCAUUAGUUGCAAAUCUGAAAACGUUGGGAUUUUUUUUAACUGUUGUGCUCAGUGAUCAGGCUAACUAUUCUCAGCAAUACAAUGUGAUAAAAAUGUAUUUCUCUGCAUUUUUCUAUGGUCCAACACUGUAGCGACAUGUGCUCUAACAAAUUCUUCAACUAAAUGUCUGCAAGUAUACAAAGGGAUGCAACCUAACAGAAGCACAAAUAAACCAUUAAUUUCGUUAUUAAACUUAGCCAUAUUUAAUUCUGAGGU